GCUCGCGCCAGCCGCAGCCUAGAAUCAAUAACCCGAACUGCGCCAGUGCGCCCACCACUGCACAGCCGUCGUAGCUCUGAAUUGAGCAUCGCCAAGAGCUUCAUCUUUGUUGGAAAUCUUGUAUAUAGCGUGCACGAAAUGCCGUCCAAACAUUCGAAUUCUCAUCAUCAUCAUCAUCAUCAUUAUCAUCAUCAUCAUCAUCAUCAUCAUCAUCAUCAUCACAUCAAUUGCACAUCUCCAGUGUUUGAGUCAAAGACAACCACUCCAUCCAUCCACCAAUUAAUCAAAAGUCCAAACCCGACACUGAAGCCCAUCUCAAAGUCUCAAGUUCGUCACCAUGAAGUCCAUAAUCUUCACCACAAUCCUCGCCCUCGCCGCCGGCGCCGUCGCCUUACCAACCACCACAACCUUCAUCUCACCCCGCAACGUCACAAGCACCUCCUCGACCUCAUCAUCAUCUGCCUCACAAACCUACUACCCGUCCGUGCAGUCGCGCUGGUCCUCCAAGACGCCCAACGCUGCAGGCGGCCACUCGGCCCGGGGACACCUCCUCAACAGCCCCUCCGAGACCGUCACGACCGCCGUGUACUUCAACCUGUCCCCGGAACAGGCCACCGGCAAGACGUGCAAACUCGUCUUCCGGCUCACGCCCGACGACUGGAUCGUUUCGUCCGAGACAACACCAGCGCAGCUGGAGCUGUACCGCCUCGACGCGUGCCUCAACGACAAGUACACGUUCGCGGCGCACCCGGCGCGCGGCGCGCUGGCGGGUGUGUUGACACCCAGGAAAGGUGGGGUGGCGGACUGGCAGGGCGUCGAUAUGAGCGCCGACGAGCUGGAGCCGCGCAUGGGCGCUGCGCCCACGUGGUCGUGCCAGGCUGGAGAGUAUAGUUUUGAGAUGGUCGCGCGGCAGGGGGUUAAUGUUGGCUGGAGCGGCAAGGCGAGUGGGUUGAGUUUGGAGUUGUGCGGGUGAUUGUGUUUGUUGGGUGGAAGGGUUUGAGUGUUUCCGGUUCUCUUUUUCCUGGCAUUGGGUUUCGGGUGCAUAGCGUGCAUUGUCUUGGCGGCGUUGGGAGGGCUGUUUUUGUUGUUGCAUAUUUGUUUGAAUCACCUCUCUGGUCAACUCGAGUGGGUUGUGAUGUCUUUGCUUGUAUAGGUAUAGGUUCGCUGAACGGAGGAAAUCAUGAGAGAUAACUGCAUCGACUUCCAAGAGCCAAAGA